AUGGCGAUGAUGAUGACUGGCCGUGUGCUGCUGGUGUGUGCCCUCUGCGUGCUGUGGUGCGGUGCCGGCGGUAGAUGUGACGAGGAGGAGACAGCAGCUCGUGGGAGUGGUGGUGGACCUCCGCCGGGAUCAGCAGAACUUCAAACGUCUCCACAAGACACCCAAGAAUUAAAAGUUGGAUCACCAGAUAUUAAAGUAGAAGUGCCACCCGAAUCUUCCCCACAUAUAGAGGUAGCUGGGGGUGAAGAUAGUGAUGAUGAAAAUGGAGAAGAAAAGGAUAAAAAAGACGAAAAUGAAAAAAAUAAGGUACAACUCCAGACACACAAGGGUAAAAAUAAUGAGGGAGUACCGCCACCACCGCCACCACCGCCACAGCCACCCGCACCACCAUCGGGUGAACCUGCACCAUCAUCAACAGCAGGUGAAGGGGGCCCAACAGCAGAAAAAGAAAGCUCACAGAAAGUAACCAAAGCAAAAAACGAAAACACACCGUCAGAAUUCAAAACGGACUCAGAAGCACCGGAACAGCCUUCAGGGGAUGCUACACAAGGGCAGCACAGUCAUGACACGGACACAGAGGAUUCGACGAAGAAUGCAGCAACCGGCAGUCCAGCAGAACCAACAUCCUCAUCUACCUCUACAAGUGGUAGCGGUGAUCAUGUCCAGAAUAAGGCAGAUGAGGAUGAUGCUCAAAGCUCUGAAGAACAACACGACAGCCUUGAAACUGGCAAUACCAACGUUGUUUCAACACUCAGUGAGACAGCACCACAAACGGCAGAAACAAUCACCGCUGCUCAAACAAAUCAUACGGCGACGCCUGGCGACAGUGACGGCAGUACCGCGGCUUCCCACACCACCUCCCCUCUUUUGCCUCUUCUUGUUGUUGCGUGUGCGGCUGCUGCGGUGGUGGCCGCGUGA